AUGGGGAAAAAGAAAAACAAAGAAGCUAAAAAGAAAGUGAACUUAGUUUUUGAUGAAUCUAAGCGCAAGGAAUUCCUGUGUGGAUUUCGUAAAAGGAAGUUAGAAAGGAAAAAGAAAGCACAAGAGGAAUUGAAACAACUUUUAAAACAAGAAAAGAAACGAAUUAAACAAGAGAAUAAAGAAUCAUACAAGAAGCUUGUAGUUUCAAGUCGACCUAUACCUGACAUAGAGCAACUUUUGCAAGAUGAGUAUGAAGAUGAGGAUGUUAAUGUUAAAAUAGUCGAACUCUCAGCAGAUACUCUACAAAAGAAGGACUUAGUAAUAGGUGAAAAUAGACCAAAAGAAAAAAUACAGACGCCUCAGAAUAAAAAUAAAAACAAAGAUGUAAUAAGGGCAGCUGUAGUUCCUGGCAUGGGUUCAGAUGAAGAAAGUGUGGAGGAGGAAUCUGAAGGUGAAGAAGAUGAAGAUAACAAAAUAAAAACAAAGAAAGAAAUAAAAAGCAUGUUGAAGAAACAAGCAACAAAGAAAAUACAAAAAAGUAAAGUAUUCCAAAUGAAAAGCAAACUAGAUAGAAUUCAGAAUAAAAAGAAGUCAUUGCAAAAGAAAGGGCAUAUGAGAGGCAAAGCUGAUCCAAGGAAAGGUCAUGGAAAAUCCAAGGAUAACCCAAGAAAAGAUAAAUCAAAGAAAAAAGUUGGUAGGAGAAAACAUUGA